GCUAGGUCAGAUGGAGAGAGCGGAGCUCUGUAUAUAUAUGGAUAGAUCAAUAGACGGAUGAGAUGAUUGAUCAUCAGGAAAGAAACCUCAGGGGAAAGCUCUUGAGUCUGAUGAUGAAGUAGAGAGAGAGAGAGAGAGUGAGAGGGUUAGGAAAUUUAAAGGAAUUAGGAAGAAGGAAGCUUAGAUAAGAAGGUCUGCAAUGGGGCACCAGUGUUGCAGCAAACAGAAGGUGAAGAGAGGGCUGUGGUCUCCCGAGGAAGACGAGAAGCUCAUCCGCCACAUCACCACCCACGGCCACGGCAGUUGGAGCUCUGUCCCUAAGCUUGCAGGCCUGCAGAGGUGCGGAAAGAGUUGCAGACUGAGAUGGAUAAACUACCUGAGACCUGACCUCAAGAGGGGUUCUUUCACGGCGCAGGAGGAGAGGACCAUAAUCGAUGUUCACAGGAUACUAGGCAACAGGUGGUCUCAGAUCGCUAAACACUUGCCCGGAAGAACCGACAAUGAGGUUAAGAACUUCUGGAAUUCUUGUAUCAAGAAAAAGCUUAUCGCUCAAGGCUUAGAUCCGAACACCCACAAUCUCCUUCCGUCCCAUCAUCAGAAGAAAGCCAGCUCAUCAUCCAACAGCAGCAAUACCUCCACUUUUUCACUUCUCCACAAACAACUGUCUUCAGUUUUCCAAAUCGAUGAUGGCCCCAGAGAAGUGAAGAUACCAUUCGUUACGUUACCUUCACUCUCCUCUUAUGAUAGCAACACUGUUGCUGAUCUCCCUCCCAUUCAACCUUAUGAUUAUCAAAAGUACCUUCACAUGGAGCAAAACCCAUCAAUCCCCAUCUCAGAUAGUAUUUUGAGCUCAUCUGUGAUAGAAGAAAGUUGCAUUUGGAAUACGAGUGCUGAAGCCCCAGUUUCAAUGGGGCAUGACGAGCUUCAGUUGCAGCAUUACACGGACAAUUAUCGGGAGGAACGUAUUUCACCAGAAAACAAAAGCACCAGUGAACCAAAUAUUAAUGAUCAUAACAUAGAUGCUGGGAUGUUGAGUUCAAGCUUCGAUUUUGAAUAUAUGGAGUCGAUUCAAGUGCCUUGUGGAAUGUUCUGUAACUUGAGUGAUCCCAUGGACCAACUUACAUGGAAUUGAUAGGUAGUCGUCCUUAGUUUUCGACAUUUCUUUCAGCUAAUAACAUAUUUUUCAUUUUUUGCUUCUUUAAUUUGUAUGGCAUUAUUUUUUAAAUUCUUUGUGAAAAUGCAGCUGUCAUUGUUUAGAGAGGAGAAA